AAGAAAGAGACAGUUUGAAAACAUCGUAUAUCUCAGCUUGAAAAGCAACUAGAGGAAAUACAGAGAAGAAUAUCUAUUGGAUGCAGUCAUAAAUCAGGAGAAAGCGAAUCACAAGAAAAGACAGAAAAAUACGAAGCAGAAUUGCAAGCAGCGAGGUUCACUUUGGAUGAUAAUGAGGCACAGAUGGAAUCCCUGAAUACGACCAUCACCAUUCUUACCGAGCAGAAUGAGCAUCUACGUUUAAUGAUAGAAAAUGGUAGUAAAACAACUAAAGAAGAAAUAGAAGUACGCAGACAGAUGGAAGUGAUAACAACAGAGUUAAUAGAGUCUCGGCAUCUUAUUUCAGUUCUUAAAGAUGAGCGAUCAGGACUUCAGCUUAAGCUCAGGGAGUUGGAAGAGUCAGCUGAAAAGAGAUCAAUUAGUGAAGAUGAACUACAGAGUUUGAAAGAUCAUUUAGAACAUUUAACAGUGUUAAGGGACAACUUGGAAGCCACAGCCAGGGCAAAAGAUGACCUGAUUGCUGAACUUCGAGUACAAUUAGAUGAAGUAGUUGUUGAGGGACGCAGUUAUCAUGAACAGAUGGAGCUUUACAAAUCAAGAGUGGAACAAAUGGAAGAGGAACUGCAGAAUAGCUUUAUUGAUCGGGACGAUGCUGAGAGCAAAGUACGUAGUUUGGUUGCCAAAUAUGAAUCACUUAUGAAGGACCAGAUUGAGGAGCGAGAGAUUCAGAGAGAGAUCCUAGCUAAAAAGGAUAUUGAAAUAGAGCUACUGAAUGCCAGUCUCUCGAAUCUUAGUAUGAAGGCUUCUGAGUAUGAAAAUACAAUCAUUGUUCUACAAGGAGAAAAGAAAGAUCGGCUUUCCAAAAUUUCUGUGCUGGAAACGACCAUAUCUGAUUUGAGUAUGAGAACCAAAGAAAAAGAAAUGAUGGAAUCUAUGUUGGAUGAGGAGCUAAACCACCGCACAGAUGAAGUAACAAAGUUGGAAGAAAACCUUCAGAAGUUGGAAAAGAAACUGCAAGAGGUCAGAAGAGAAAAAGAACUUGUGGAAGCGAAGUUAAAAGAAGAAAAGAAAAAUACAGAAGAACUGAGUGAAAGAAUCAACACACUUGAAGUGCAGAUUAAAGAAAAAGAAGUUGUUCAGCAGUUCUUAGAAAAAGAAAUUUCAUCUCGGGAAGCAGAGUUGAGUCAGAGACUUGAUGAGGCAAGUGUACUGCAUGAGAGAGUUCAGACUGAGGUUGAUUCAAGAAUGAAGAUUGAAGAGGACCUAUCCAGUAGUGAGAAAAAGGUUAGUGAGCUUGACAAGGAGCUUGCAUCAGUAAAAGAAGCAUUGAUGUCACGGGAUGAGAGUUUGGCAUGUGUUGAAAACAAAAUGGCCUUAUUAGAAGACAACAACAGACAGCUUGAGGAGAAAGUAGUGGAAUUGAUGGCAGAGAUUAGUGACCGGGAAGCUCAACAUAUUGUCAAGGUGAAAGCAAUUGAAAAUGACCUUGAAGAUAUUGGCGUCAAAUAUUCAGAAUCUUUGUUAGAACACGAAGCUACACGUCGAGUUCUUACCCAAACUCUGGAUGAAAUUGAAAAGGAGAAGCUCCUUCGUAUGGCAGCUGAGUCAGACAUUGAAAGUUUAACUGAGGAACUGAAGAAGUUGAAAGAGGAAAAGGAGACCUUGGAACAUAAUAUGAAAGAUCUUGUUCAGAAAUACACCAGUUUAGAGGAUGCCCUUGCUUGUGAAGAAGCUGAAAACAGAGACCUUGAGGAGCGACUGGAACGAGAAGUGCGUCUCGCAAAAGAAGCUGCUGCUGCUGCACAGAAGGAGUUGUCAAGUCUGAAAACUUCAAAUGAAGGAUUUUGCACUCAGAUUACCCAAUUAAAGAUUGACAUGCGUAAAAAGUCACAAGCAGUAGAGGAAAUGCAACAGUGUAUUGAUGGGUUAAGGGAAGAAAAACAACACUUAACAACUCUCAGGGAUAACUUGGAGAAAACUGUUGAGGCCAAAGAAGAAACAAUUGCAAAGUUACAUCUGCAAGCUUCAACACUGGAAAGAGAGAUGGAAGAGGAGCGAGUCACUCUCAGAUCAAGGAUUGGAGAUUUGGAGAAUCAUCUGAAGGAAACCCAAAAGGAACAUGAACUGGAGAAGAAGAAAGUAAAGGAAAUAGAAGAAAAGCUAUUAUCUCUGGAGGAAGAGAAUCUCCACCUCAGCAAAUCAUACGAGAAACAGUUAGAAGAAAAGACAAUAGCCGAGACCAAAACAAAUGCAAAAUUAGAGGAAUUAAGUAAAAAGUACAUUGGAUAUGAAGACCAAGUGAAAAACUUACAGACAUCUCUCUCGGAGAAAACCAAAGAGUUUGACACAUUACAAGAGAAAUAUACUGCUACUAGCUCUACGUUAGAAGGCUACCAAGAAGAAAUGAAAGUUUUAGAAACUAGUGUUAAGAGAUUCAAACGUGAGAUUGAGGCUAUGAAUAAAACUCUUGCCUCAAAAGAUUCUUCACUGGAUUCCCUCAACAUGACACUUGGAACUAAGAGUGAAGAAGUACAGUCAUUAUAUAAGACACUCGAGGAAAAGCAAGCUGCUUUACUUGCAAGUGAGUGUCGUGUUCAGAACCUAGAAGAAGUUGAAGAAAAGCUCAUAAAGGAAAAAGACCAGCUUACUAUCUCUUUAUCAAGCCUCCAAGAUGAGUUAGGCGAAGUCAAGUGCCAUAUUUCUAGAAUGGAGACUACAUUUAAUGAAGAGAAGAGUGCAGAAAUUACUCAUAUAAAGUCAACACUGGAGAGUGAAAUGGAUGAGUUAAGGUCUCUGAACCAGAUGUUGCAAGAGGAAUCUGACUCCUGGAAGAACAAGUUCCAAUACCUUGAGAAAAUGAUUGAACCUUUCAGAGAACAGCUUGAUUCUUAUGAAGUUGAAAAGGCCAGUCUUUUAUCAAGAAGUUCUGCAGCCAAGGAGGAAAUUGAUAAGCUAAGUAAGCAGUAUGCUACUUUACUAGGUCAUCAGAAUCAUAAGCAGAAAAUCCAGCAUGUUUUGAAAUUGAAAACUGAAAAUAAUGAGUUGAGAGAGGAUGUAUACAAAUUGCGUCAAGAGACCGAGCGCCAAAGAAAGACAAUCAGGCGGUUGGAAGAAAAAAUGCUCAAGAUAAGUGGAUCGACUACCCGUCUUAAUGAAACUGUACGCUCAAUGGACAAAGAAAACUCAUUUUAUGGAGGGAUGGGUAGUCAGGUUCAGUCAUCUACACCCCUGAAACCAAGUAACAAGCCUCACAGAAUAUAGGUUUUGGUUAGGCUGUUUAGGAUUGUAGGAUUUGAUAUGCCAUAUAUUUGUUCUUGCCUUAGUUUUAUUUAAGGAUACCUUUUAAUUUUUAUGAAACCUUGACACAAUCUUAAAAUGUUAAUCAAAUUAAUUCCAUAGUCUGCAAGAUGAAUUGCCAUUCUGUAUUUUAAAAUAAGUCUUAGUCUGCUUUCUAAACUUUUAGGCUGAAAUUAAUAGAUAAUUUUUUAUAAAAAUCUCAAACCUGCUCAUGCAUAUCUAAUUUUUAAGAUGAGUUUACCUGGAGUAACUUAAUAUGUAGAAAAUUUAUAAGUGAACUUAUCCUACUUCUUUUCCUUCAUAACGUGUAACAUCGUAUCAUUUGUAAAUAACUUCAUAAAUACUUGUCAUACCAUUGGUGUUUUCAUCAUUUUUAAAAGUGUGUUUUUAAAUGUACUGAACCCCAUGUACCCAAAUAUAUUUUAGUAGAUAUA